GGAGCCCGGGCGCCUGCGCGCCGGGAGCGCCUGCCACACCUGCCACACCUGCCACACCUGCGCAGUGACAGGUCCGGACACCUGCGCAGUGACAGGUCCCGGCGGCACGGGCGGCGGUGGCGUCAUCAUGCCGCUCCCCUGGGCGGAGAAGGACCCUUCCUGCUGUUUUCAGGACCGGGUGGCACGCCUGCAUCCCUGCGGAGUGGCCAUCCAGGAUCUCAUAGGGCGGAAGAACAUGGAGACCACCGGGACCUUGAGACCCGGCGGGCCCCACCCGGCUUCCCUCCGGGGGGCGGCGCGAUGACGGGCCACUGACAGGCGCCACGCCAGGCAGCCUUCCUGCUGUUGGGAGCCAAGCGGAGGCCCGGGCUGCCCACCUGGAAGCGCGAGGAGGCGGGGCUCUGGGUGGAACCGGUCUCGGGAUGUCGGAGAAGGCUGUCUACCGGGAGGAGGCGGGCUAAAGCGUGGGUACCACCGCCUGCCCCAGGAAUGGUGGGAGAGACGGGGACGAGGAUGGUGUCAGAUCCAGGGUCCGCGCUCCGAGUCUAGGGAGCUGGUUUGCUGUAGAUCUUGGGUCUCACACAGGUGGGAUGGCUCUAAGGGGAGUCACAAACCCAGGGAAUAGAAUCUUUAGGGCGAUAAGGGGUUUGAAGUUUCUCUAGUGAGAGCUCCAUCAUAUUAGAGUUCAAGGAGAGAGUAUUGCCACGGGGUCAAGGGCUGCAAAGGAGAGCCUUCGUGGGCUCGGGCUGAUGACAGAUGAGCCGCCUCUUUUGAUUUUCUGUUCUAUCAUGCGUGCUCCUCUCUUGACCAGACGGGUUCUAGUCACCAUGGAGGACCCGCUUCCCGAAGAGACCAUGGAGCAGCUGGAUUUGUCAAAAGAGGGGAGUCCCCGCAAUGCAGGAGGUGACAUCUGCCAUCUGGGGCCCCUGCAGUGCACCCGCUGCCUCAUCACCUCCGCCAGUUCCAAGUUCCAGGAGCGCCAAGUGAAGCGGGAUCACCCAGCGGGCUUCACGGCCCAGAAGCUGCAGGGGGCCCUCUUCGUCGGCUUCACCUGCGCCUGCUCCUUCCCCUCCUCCAGGGCCCUGAUCGCCCACCAGCGCAGCCACAGUCCUGCCGCCAGGCCCUCCCUGACGGCUGCACCCUCCAUUGCCCUGACCACGUUCCCCUGCCCCGACUGUGCCAAGACCUUUGGGCAGGCCGCUUCUCCGAGGUGGCACCGCCGGGUGCAUGCGGCCCGCUUCCCGCCUGGCCCCUUGGCCUGCACUGAGUGUGGGCAGGACUUUGCCCAGGAAGCCGGGCUGCAUCAGCACUACAUCAAGCAUGCCCUCGGGGACCUCCGAGCGCAGCUCCAGCCCUGCCCGGGGCAGGGUGGGCUCCGGGCUGGUGGGACUACCUUUAAUAACGGGAUGGGCCCUCGGAGGAAUUUGCUGGAAAGGCAAAGGGCUCCUGAUUAAUAGAAGCCGGAGAAUAUGCUCUUUAGAGCUUCAGUCCUUGGAGGACAGAAAGGCCUUCGGGGCAACGGUGAAAUCAGACAAUCGUGAGGUCUUUUGUU